AUGAAGUGUCACGCAGGGAGCCUCUCAGCAAACCUACCUGCGUUGAAGGUGACUGGAUGGUCCCGUUGCGUGGCAUCUCGUCAACCAAUCACAGUGGGCGUCUGUGGGCCUAAGCGCCCCUUGUGGCCUAGCUCGGAGAAACCGUUCAACUUUCAUACUUUGGCAAAGCUCCAUGACAUAGGCCUGGGCAAUGACUUUUUGGAUAUGACCCUGAAAGCCCAGCAACAGAAGCAAAAAGGCCAUGCGACCAUACCAAAGUGCCCCCGCCUUCCCUGGUCCCCAACAGUCACUCUCUGUUCUUGCCAUCUAAUGGCCGCUGCCUCCACCAUGGCUGAGGCUUCCUCUGAGACAACCUCAGGGGAAAACCAGAGCAUCCAGGAGCCCAAAGAGGCCAACUCCACGACGGUCCAGAAGCAGAAGAGGCGAGGACGCCGAGGCUCCCGCAGGCGCCACGCCAACUGCCGCGGGGACAGCUUCGCCCCCUAUUUCCCCCGGGUGCUGAAGCAGGUUCACCAGGGCCUCAGCCUUUCCCAGGAGGCCGUGAGUGUCAUGGAUUCUAUGGUCCAUGACAUAUUGGACCGCAUCGCCACUGAGGCUGGUCAGCUGGCCCGUUACACCAAGCGCGUGACCAUCACCUCCCGGGACAUCCAGAUGGCCGUGCGCCUGCUGCUGCCGGGGAAGAUGGGCAAGCUCGCCGAGGCCCAGGGCACGAAUGCCGCCCUCAGAACUUCAUUAUGUGCGAUAUGGCAACAGAGAAAGUGA